CUACAACUCUCCCUCAACCGUUUUAUCGAACCACCUCCGUCAACUUGUUUCUCCGUUAGGGCCUCUAAUACCCGGCACAUCUCUCAUACGCUCGUCUCGAGUCAAAUACUCGAGCAUUUCCUUGGUCGUUCGGACGCUCGAUCGGUCUUACUACCUUCCAUCAUGGCUGCCGGAAAGGCUGCCGCUGACUUCAAUGCGAUCAUUCAAGCUGAUCGCAAAAGAAAGCAGAACGAAAACCUUGCCAACCAGCUACUCGGUAAGAACCGACAAACAAAUGGGGGCGCCGCAAAGGGCGCAAAGAAGACACAGGAUGCGAAGCCAGGUAGCCUCGCCAGUCGCAUCGGGGUAGCGAAGCGCCCGACGUCUUCGCCUGCGAAUCCUAGAAUAAACCCCAAGCCCGUCAUUCACCAGGCCCGCCCCAAGGCGCGUCAGACCGAUCGACCUGGCGCAAAGCAGCGCCGUCCCGACGAGCAGCGCCUGCUUUCUGCACUCCUUCCCGAUAGCGGACAAGCAACCGUACGAGGCAAUAAGGUGGGGAUGACCAUCAAGGGUGCUGGCUCAGGACCUUCCGUGGUAGUCGGCAGCAACUUUGCACCGGGCACCACCGCAGCCGAUAUUCAAGCAGCUCUUGAGCCCGUGGCCGGCCCAGUCCUCAGCUGCUGGGUGAUCACGCAGCACCCCGCAGUGUCGGCCGAAAUCACCUUUGCAGAGAGACAGGGCGCAGACAGCGCGAUCGCCAACUUUCACAACCAGAGGGCUGAUGGCCGAAUCAUCUCGAUGCGCCUGAAACCCGUCAGCCUGGGAGCCGACCACGGUGCCACCAACUACCAGAGCCCACAGAGCCCCUUCAACAACCUCCGGGAGCAAGCGGAUCGAGACCGCCGCUCGCACCGUUCCGGUGACACGACGAUUCAAGACGGGAACUACGGGUUCACCGAGCAGAACCAAGCAGUCGAACCACACAGACCGCGGGGCAACAACCGCAGAUGGAAUAACAGGGGCUAUCGGAAUGGGCCCCGAAACGGCGGAGCCUUGAACCAGGACACGCAAGAGGCAGGUCUCUACACAACCGGGCGUGCCCUGACGCAUCUCCGCGCGCUCAGAAACCGCGCAACGCAGACGCAGACCCUCGUCCUGUCCGCACGAAGAUGUCAAUCCUCGUUCGACAACAACCGCCAAUGGUCGACCCCUCUCGCCCAGACCCUGGCUAAUGCCAUGAAGGUUACGGGCCCCAUCCCCAUCGCGGCGUUCAUGCGCCAAGUCCUCACCUCCCCAGAAGGAGGUUAUUACACCACCCGGCCCGCGGGCGAAGGCGAGGUCUUCGGCAAGAAAGGCGACUUCGUGACCUCGCCGGAAAUCUCGCAGGUGUUCGGCGAACUGGUCGGGAUCUGGACGAUUACCGAGUGGAUCGCGCAGGGACGGACAAGGAGCGGGGUGCAGCUCAUGGAGGUUGGGCCGGGGAAGGGGACGUUGAUGGACGAUAUGCUGAGGACGUUUCGCAAUUUCAAAAGCUUUGCGUCGAGCAUCGAGGCGAUAUAUCUGGUUGAGGCGAGUUCGACGUUGAGAGAGGUCCAGAAGCAGUUGCUCUGCGGCGAUGAUGCGGCGAUGGAGGAAACGGAUAUUGGCCACCGGAGUGUGUGCAAGUACUUUGACGUGCCGGUUAUCUGGGUGGAGGAUAUUCGGCUGCUGCCGCAUGAGGAGAGUAAAACGCCCUUCAUAUUCGCACACGAAUUCUUCGACGCGUUACCCAUCCAUGCCUUUGAGUCCGUGCCCCCGGCACCGGAGAACGAGCCGAAGGACGAGGUCAUGACGCCCACGGGACCUGCGAAGCUCCGGAAACCAUUGAAGGCCGCGAACGUGCCGCAAUGGCGCGAGCUGUUGGUGACGCUCAACCCCAAGGCUGUGGAGGAGAACAUCGAGGGAGAACCGGAGUUCAAGUUGACGCUGGCCAAGGCGUCCACGCCGUCGUCCUUGGUCAUCCCUGAAAUCUCGGAACGGUAUCGCGCUCUGAAGUCUCAGCCGGGCUCUACGAUCGAAGUCAGUCCUGAGAGUCGAAUCUAUGCGUCUGACUUUGCAAGGCGGAUUGGCGGGGCGUCAGAACCGCCUCGCACGGCCACGAAGAAGGCUCCGGCUGCUGCUGCUGCUACUGAUGGGGAGACGCCGGCUGCGGCGAAGCGUGUGCCUUCCGGCGCAGCGCUGAUCAUGGAUUAUGGCACUCUUGCUACGGUGCCCAUCAACUCGCUCCGUGGAAUCCAGCACCAUCAGACUGUGCCGGCACUUUCGGCGCCGGGACAGGUGGAUGUAAGUGCCGACGUGGAUUUCACUGCGUUGGCUGAGGCGGCCAUCGAGGCCAGCGAAGGCGUUGAGGUUCAUGGACCGGUUGAGCAGGGUGAUUUCUUGCAUGCCAUGGGGAUCGCGGAGCGGAUGCAGCAGCUGCUCAAGGGCGUGACGGAUGAGUCGAAGCGGAAGACGUUAGAGACUGGCUGGAAGAGACUGGUUGAGAAAGGCGGCGGUGAGAUGGGCAAGAUCUACAAGGUCAUGGCCAUCGUUCCGGAAAAUAAUGGUAAGCGCCGUCCAGUUGGGUUCGGGGGAAAUAUCAUGGCAUAAGCCAGUGUAUAGUAGAAGAU